GUUUGAAUUUGAAAUAUAUUAUAGAAUUUGUAUCUUUUAAUAUUUUGUUUAAUUUCAUAAUUAUUCGUAUUGGUUAAGUUAAUUAUGUUCUAGUAUAAUUAAAUUAAUUUAUAAUUUGAGUUUAUUUAUUUUUUAAGUAAAACUAGGUACUGUAAAACACAGGAAAUUACAGUACCUAUCUGGUAAAAUUAUUAGUUUUAAAAAUUAGGUAUUAAAACUAAUGGUUCAUUAGUUGGAUACCUUUAUAAAAAUGGAUGCAAGUACAACAAAAUCAUACUGGAAAGAAAUUGUAACAGCAUUUCCAAUAUUAUCCAAACCCGAAGAGGUUAGUUUAAUUUAAUGCAAUAAUAUAUCAAUUAUAUUAUUUUCAAAUUACUCUUCUUGUGUGAAAAGAUUAGAACUGAAUGAACAACCUGUUAAAAUUCUGUCAAACAGUUCUAAAUAAUAUGUGGACUGAUUUUCUCAUCUCAAAAGUGCAUGGGAACAACAGGUGAGAGGAAAUACCAUGGAUCAUGAUAUUUACAGAUGAUAUAGCUCUUAUAGACAAAAAUCUGGAAGAAGGUUGCAAUAUGCUUGAAGAAUGGAGAGUGGCAUUUGAAGGAAAGGAUAAGUGUUGGGUGUUUUAUGCGAUAAGAGAAUUCCAUUGAGACUUAAGGCGAGUUCUACAAAAGGACCGGCUAUGUUAUAUGGUUAGAAGGUUUGGGUCAAGUGGAAGUUAAGGAUGAAGGAAGCUGAUCCCAAUUAGUUGGGACGAAGAUGAAUGAGAAUAAAAUGUUUAAAGCGACUAAAUAACAUAAUAUAUCCCAUGAGUAAGGCCCAUUCUUACAAUGUCCGUUACUAUGUUACAAGUCCUAUAUGACUAUGCUUCAGUUAGGACAUUAUUGGCCUUUAGCCAUGGUAUAUUAAUUAAGUUUAUUAAGUGUUUAAUCAAAUUUAAUAGUUGUUGAGUUACUUGUUUUACAGCAAAUCAAUUGUUGUGAUGAUGAAGAAUUUGUUACAAUAAAAAAUAUAAUUAUUGAAAAGAAGCUAAUCAAUUUUGUGCAUGGAAUGGUUAUGAAUAAAAUAAAACAAGAUUUGAUGUCGAAGAUUGAUAAAUUUUGGCUUUUUUUCUUGCCUAAUGAUGUUGUUGAAUUAAGUUGUCUUAAAGUAGAAGAAAAAAUUCAAGAAGAUUUUGUUGGUUUCGAAAAAUUUAAAAGCGCUGUUGAUGAACUAUUUAACUUAGCCCAAUCUUAUGUCGACAUAAUAAAUCGCCUACAAAUGUUAUUUGAAAACAACAAAAUAAAUUUGUUAAAAAAUUUGAACUCUCAAAUUUGUGCUUUAUUACAUUCUCAAUUGCCUAGUGAUUAUAAUACAAUAAUCUAUCAGUUUUAUAGAACUGCAUUAAAAUCCUUUACCAGAGAUGAUGUUGUUGGAGGUAUGUGUUAAUAAAUAUUUAACUAAUACACUACAAAUUAUUUGUUCAUGUUUUAUUUAAUAAACAUAUAAAUUAAUAAGUAGAUACAGUUUUUGUAUUUAAAUCAAUAAUUCUCUAAAAUAAUUAAACAAUAAUUGGAGUUAAAUAUAAAUUGAUUGUGCCCAUGGUAUAUUCAGGUUAAGGGGUUUAAAGCUCUUAUAGAUUUUACCCAAGUUAAAUGCAUAAAUUAUAAACUAUUAAUUUUGAAAUGCAUUUUAAACUGUCUUAUAAAUGUAUGUUUCUGAAUAAAAAUGUGUUUAAUUAAUUAGGUAGGUAUUAACCUACCUACUAUUUUACUCAUAAUUUAAAAUUUUCAGAUAAAAGAAAUACUUCUAAAGAAGGAGCAUUUUAUUGCCAUGGUUGCUGUUCUGAGUUAUUUGCUUGUAAAUGUGAUUACAUAUUGGAAUCUUUCCAUUUGACUAAUUGGUAAAAAAAAAUGUGUUUAAUUAUAACUAUGUAUAACUUAAAUUAAUUAGAUCUAAUUUAUCAGUUUUAUUAUUUUGUUCAUAACUUUUUAACUGUAUAACAUGAAAUAAUUACUAAUAGUUUUAUGAAUUAUUUACUAGUGAUAUUACAAAUUAUGGUUAUUGUUUAGUUUGAAAAUUACAAAUAAUCAAAAUAAAUCAAAUACCCAAUAGUUUAGACUUUAGAUUGAAAAUGGUGAUAGAUAAAAUCAAAAUAAUUUUUUUAAAGAUUGAUGGGACAAUUUAACAAAAUUUAGUUUAAUUUUUUUAGAAUUUAUUAUACUGGAUAGAAAUAUAAAAUGUACAUAAUGUUGACUUCUGUUAUCAAAUUACAAAAUUUGACUUCUGAAUAAUGAAAUAUUUAACAUUUAUUUUGAACUUUUUAUGAGUUCUUUGAUUUUUUCUAAAGUUAGAUUUUUUUUCAAAAAAAAAAGAUUGGUUUAGUCUUAAAAAUCAGGGAUUUUAAUAUCACUAUUAUAAACUUAUACUAAACUAACAUUUAAAAUCAUUAUUAAUUAUUGUCAAUUAAAAUUUAAUGUAGUCAAUUAUAAAUAUUAGGUUGUUCUUAAUAAUUAUCAUAAAUUUUAAACUUUUAAAUUAAAUUUAAAUUUAUAAUCAAAUUAUAAUAAUAUAGAUAAUAAAUUGAUAUAUUUUUUAACAGGCAAUUGAUCACUAUUGGGAUUUUAGAACCACUAGCAGGUGAUGUUAUUGUUGAUUUAAUUCAUCAAAAGAUUGAGACAGAAGUUCAAGAAAUAACUAAAGAAAAUUUCGGAGAAAAGCAUAUACCAGCCUUAGAAACAGUAUUUUACUAUUUGUACACUAUAAUGGUCAUUAUUUUAUUCCAUUACAAAUUGUAUUAAUUUAUUUUAGUGGAUAGAUACAAAUGUAUACAAUUGGAUGAAAUAUAUUUAUAAACCAAAAUGUAAUACAAGUGUUACUACAUUAGCAUUAAAUGAUACAAACUUAGAAAUAUUUAUGAGAAAACUUAAACAUCUACUUUAUGAAUCAUACACUAGAACAAGAAUUGAUCAAUUAUUUAACAUUAUAAUAGGUAAAUUGUCAAACAGCUCCUAAUUAAUAAAUAAUUCUAAACAUCUUCACAUAUUUACAGAAUAUCCCGAUUCAGAACCAGCUGUUAUUGAUUUAUCAUUUACUCUUCAAAAGACCGAUUUUAAAUCAGAACUAUGUGAAAAAUUGCGAAAUGCUCUGCAUAGUAGAUUAUUGCAUCCAGCUGUAAAUACUAUUGACAUUAUAACUGCAUAUACUGCUGCAAUCAAAGUAUUGAGAAAAAUUGAUCCUUGUGGGGCACUUUUGCAGGAAGUUACUUUACCAAUACGGUAAAGAAAAUAUUAAUUUUAAAUCAAUUUUAAAACCAAUCAUUAGAUUAGUUUUUAAUAAUACAUAAUAAUAUUUAAAAUUAUUGUAAUUUUAAUAAAAAAAUAUAUAUAUAUAUAUAUAUAUAUUAGAACAUAUUUAAGAAGUCGUAAGGAUACUGUUCGAUGUGUAAUGACUACUCUUACUGAAGAAGGUCAUUACUUAACCGAUGAACUUGUAAGAAAUGAAAAAGUUGUAAAUGAUGGUGAACUUUUAGAAGAAGACUGUAUGUUAGAUUUUUUUAAUUGGGUACCAGAUCCAGUAGAUGCUAAUCCGUGUAAGUUUGUAUUUUAUAUUCUUUUUAAUUUAAAACUUAUAUUUAAUUAAAACAUUUAAUAUGUUUAAUCAUAUAGCCUUAUCAUCAAAACGUUUCCGCAACUCUGAUACUGUAUCAAUGCUUGUCGAUAUUUAUGGUACACGAGAAUUAUUUGUUAAUGAAUAUAGAGCUUUAUUAGCUGAUCGUCUGCUUACACAAUUUAUGGAUAAUAUAGGUGAUGAGAUCAGAUACUUAGAGUUAUUGAAAUUGAGGUAAGUAUUUAUAUUUAAAAAUAAUUUUAAAUAAAUUACAUCAUAUUAUUAUGCACUUUAUACAAAUAAUAUGUAAACAUACAUUUAUUUUUAGAUUUGGAGAUACUUUAUUACAUUCAUGUUCAGUUAUGUUAAAAGAUGUUUAUGAUUCAAAACGUAUCAAUCAUCAUUUAUAUAGUGAUCCAACUUCAAACUUAUCAUCCAACAAUUUAAAUACUGAAUUUGUUCAACAGUUUCCAGUUAGAGCAAUUAUUGUAUCCAAUCAAUUUUGGCCUAACUUUAAGGAUAAUUUUAGUGUAGAACUACCCCCGGUUAUUCAAAAUCAUUUAGAUAAUUAUACAAAAGCAUUUGAAUCAUUUAAAGUUGAGUAAAAUUGUAUAAACAACAAACAUGAGAUUAAACAAAUAUAUACAAAUAAUUAAAACAGCUAUGAUAGUAAGUUGUAUCAAUAAUACAAUAUGAUUUAAUAUCUUUUAUAGGGUAAUCGAACUUUAAAUUGGAAGCCUAAUCUUGGAAUGAUCAAUAUUGAUUUAGAGUUGAGAGAUAGAACUUUAAAUUUUAUUGUUUCACCAAUCCAUGCCACUAUUAUAUGGCAUUUUCAAGAACAAGGUGCAUUUAGUUUAUUAAUAGUAUUAUUAGUUUUCAAAAUAAAUGCCAAUUAACUGUAGAUAUUUUACUUAUGUACACAAUAUUAGUAAUUUAUUUACUCAAUUUAUUUAACCGUGCAAUUUAUUAAAUUUCUUUUUGUUUUUAAAAUUUUAAAUAGUUAACAUGUUUAAGGUAGAAUGUUCACUGUGUUUUAUACAUCUGUUAAUACCAAUACAAAAAAAAAAAAAUUAUCACUACAUAUAUAACUUCAUUUGUGUUCUUUUCAACAUUUUCAAAAUAACCGAUUUUUAUUAUUAAAAUUCGACUCAUAAUAUCUAUAUAUUAUUCUGACAAAUUUAAUCUAAUAUAUAAUAUACACGCAUAUACAUUUAAAUAUCUGAUGAACAAUUUUUUAGUAAUAACAAUUUUAAUUGCUAUAGAAGGGUUGUAAAAAAGUUAUAUUCAAUGUACUACAAUAUUAUGUAAUAGGGAAUCACAAUCGUAAUAAAAUAGUCAAAUGAUAAAUAUUUUUACAAUAUUCAUGUUUUCAUUUUAUUAUAUAUCUAUUACAAAUAAUUUAUUGUGUUAGAAAUUAAAACAGCUACCACUAAGAAACUAUGUAUCGUACAUUCAAAGUUACAGAAUAAUAUAUUUUAAGAAUAGUUUUUUUUUUUUAAGCAAAAAAUGAUAGUUUACUUUCUAUAUCAUUAAUUAUUUAUAUGAAAUAUGAAUUUAAAUUUAUUAUUCAAAUGAGUAUGAUAACUUAUCUCGUUUAUUAUUAAGUUUUAAUGUAGGUAUUUGAACAUAAGGAAGUAGUCUGCUUGAAAUAAUUAAAAAGUACAAAAUUUUUAAAAUGUUAAUAAGUUAAUUUAUUUUUUAUAUUUUUAGUGCAAUGGACUAUCAAUGAUCUAAGUAUAAAAAUGCGCGUACCAGCAACAACCUUAAGACGUCGAAUAGCAUUUUGGCAGAAUCAAGUAUAAUUAUUUAUUCAUCAUGUUAAAUAUUAAUUAGUAAUAAUUCUUCAGAUAUAUAGGUAUUUUUAAUUAUAAUCAUUUUAUGUAGGGUUUAUUAAGAGAAAAAUCCUUUGAUACAUUUAUUUUUGUGGAAGAUGGUAUUCCAACUGCAAGCUUAUCAGCAAAAGGUAAUCGAACAAGCUUUGCCGGUCGUAAUUCUGAAUUUGUUUAUGGUGAUGACGAUGAUGAAAUGGAAAGUGCUGUGGCGUCAGCUCAAGAUCAAAGAGAAGAAGAAUUACAAGUACUAAUAUUAUUAAUUUACAUACAUUUAAGUAAAUUAUUGUUAUAUAGAUAAAAUUAUUAUCAUUCUACAAUUUUAUUUUAUUAGGUGUUCUGGUCAUAUAUUGUCGGAAUGUUGACAAAUUUAGACUCAUUACCAUUAGAUAGAAUUCAUCAAAUGUUGAAAAUGUUCGCUACUCAAGGAACUGGUGUAGAUUGUAGUCUUACACAGCUUCGUCUUUUCCUUGAUGAAAAAGUGAAACAGCACCUUUUAAUUUUUACUGGGGGUCGUUAUAAACUUUCUAAAUAAUAUAGUUGUAAAAGUAUAUUUUUGUUAAACUAAGUUUUAUAUGCCAAUAUGUAAUUACAAAUCUUAGACAAUUAAAAGUAAUUUUAAUUCAUUUUUUUAAAUAUUAUUA